AUGGCUCUCACUUCAGCGAACGUCGACCUUUGGUCGAGCGCCUGUAUCAUUCAUGCUCGAGGCAAAAAAUGCUUCGAGUGGGACUGCCUUACCUCCUCUGAGCAGGGGGGUAUAAUCACGACCGUUGUCGUUACGUCCAUAAUACUUUUACUUGUUUGCAUGUAUUAUCUAGGACGAAUCAUUGUUGCUCACCAGGAGAUUGCGAUCAGCCAGCGACGCCGACGCCGACGUCGACGACAGCAGCAAAGAACAAAUCUGGCACGAUUUUAUGAUGUUGCUCUUGUUCAACUACCUGUGGUCCCUCAAUAUCCGAGCGAGAACGUAGUUUAUGCAUUCUCGCCCUUCGUAUAUCAUCCUCAUGGUCAAAUUAACGACGUGCAGAAUCAGACUACCCGAAUUCUGAUUCCUCAGCAACCUGUUCUGGCUGUUACACCUCUGCACGCGGCUACCUAUGCUGGCUAUCCAGUGGCCGAUGUUCAGGGUCAACGUAGCAACUACCAGGCCAACCAACGACCUAUUUCAGUUUUGACAUCAGCUCCUUCAGAGAACAUUGGAGGACUUGAAACUGACUGGUGGGGACGACUGCGUCGAGUUUUCGGGCUGCCUUUGGGCAGAGCCUCCACCAUUGCCACAGAUUCGGUUCCUACUACACCCGUCCUUUCACCAUCUGGGGAGAAUGGUUCCCGACGAGAACCAAGACUCGGUCGACUGGGGCCUGAACGCACCAGGCUAAGUCGGUCUACUAAUUUCGACUCUGGUCACACUCUUAACGCUGGCAACUCACAUGCAAACCCUCAACCUCAAGACAAUGUGAGACGUGAGAUUACAACAAUCCAGUCGCCUCCUUCCGUUGUUGCUACCGUUCAUAGCGAUGAUUUCGAUAUUGUCUGA